GGGCCGGGCCCAGCGGGGCCUGCGCGGGCCGCGGCGCGUGCGCGGGGCGGGGCGGUGACGCGGGGGCGGGGCGCGGACGGAGCACCCGGCCCGGCCCGGCGCGGCCCCGAGGGCGGCGAUGGCGGCCGCGGGUGGCGGCCCCGGGGCGCCCGCGGAGACGCCCCCCGCCACCACCGCCGCUGUUGCCGCCGCCGCCGAGGCCGGCGCGGUGCUGCAGCGGGAGCCGCUCUACAACUGGCAGGCCACCAAGGGCUCGCUGCGGGAGCGCUUCGCCUUCCUCUUCUCCAACGAGCUGCUCAGCGACGUGCACUUCGUGGUGGGCAAGGGCAGCGCCCGCGGCGGCGGCGGCGGCGGGGCGGCGCCCCCCGGGCCCGGCCAGCAGCGCAUCCCCGCCCACCGGUUCGUGCUGGCGGCCGGGAGCGCCGUGUUCGACGCGAUGUUCAACGGCGGCAUGGCCACCACCUCGGCCGAGAUCGAGCUGCCCGACGUGGAGCCCGCCGCCUUCCUGGCGCUGCUCAGGUUUCUUUAUUCGGAUGAAGUUCAAAUUGGUCCAGAAACAGUCAUGACUACUUUAUACACUGCUAAAAAGUAUGCGGUCCCAGCGCUGGAAGCACACUGUGUGGAUUUCCUAACAAAGCAUCUCCGAGCAGACAAUGCCUUUAUGCUGCUUACUCAAGCUCGUUUGUUUGAUGAACCUCAGCUUGCUAGUCUGUGUCUUGACACAAUAGACAAAAGUACUAUGGAUGCCAUAAGUGCAGAAGGCUUUACUGACAUCGAUAUAGACACGUUAUGUGCAGUUCUAGAAAGGGAUACCCUUAGUAUUCGAGAAAGUCGCCUCUUUGGAGCUGUUGUUCGCUGGGCAGAAGCAGAAUGUCAAAGACAACAAUUGCCUCCAACGUUCGGGAACAAACAAAAAGUCCUUGGAAGAGCUCUUUCCUUGAUCCGUUUUCCAUUAAUGACUAUUGAAGAGUUUGCAGCGGGCCCUGCUCAAUCUGGAAUCUUGUCAGAUCGGGAAGUAGUAAAUCUCUUUCUUCAUUUUACUGUCAAUCCUAAACCUAAAGUAGAUUAUAUUGACCGACCAAGAUGUUGCCUUAGAGGAAAAGAAUGCAGCAUUAACAGGUUCCAGCAAGUGGAGAGUCGCUGGGGCUACAGUGGAACAAGUGAUCGGAUUAGGUUCACAGUUAACAGAAGAAUUUCCAUAGUGGGAUUUGGAUUAUAUGGAUCUAUUCAUGGACCCACAGACUAUCAAGUUAAUAUACAGAUAAUUGAUUAUGAGAAGAAUCAGACGCUAGGCCAGAACGAUACUGGGUUUAGCUGUGAUGGAACAGCCAGUACUUUCAGAGUUAUGUUCAAAGAGCCCAUCGAGAUUCUGCCCACGGUUUGCUACACAGCUUGUGCAACGUUAAAAGGUCCUGAUUCCCACUAUGGAACAAAAGGUUUGAAGAAAGUGAUCCAUGAAUCUCCUACUGCUAGCAAAACAUGCUUUGUCUUUUAUAGUUCACCAGGGCAAAGGAGCCGCCAAGGGCCCCGCGGGCGGCGCGGCGGGACCGGUGGUGGCGGCGGGCGGCGGCUCCGUGAGGGUGGCGGUGCGAGCCAAGCCUGGCGCCCGCUGCAGCGCCGUCACAGAUGUGACAGCUGAGGCAGUAGGUGUAGCUAUUGCUGCACCCCCGUCGGAAGGGGAGGCAAAUGCAGAGCUGUGUCGCUACCUCUCUAAGGUGCUAGAAGUGAAGAAGAGUGACGUUGUUUUG